AUGACCUCUCAGGCCACCGCCCAAUCCAGCGGCCUCGGCGCUGCCGCAGCGAAUGCAUGUCCGGCCCAUCUGUUGCCCCCCAUCGACGCCCUCUUCCUCAUCGACUUCGACGUGAAAAAGGGCUACACUAUCGCGUGGAAGCGCACCUGUCCGGGCGUCGACGUAGACGGCCGUGUCGAGUACAAGUCUCUCCCCUCCGGUCUGCAUACCGUCUCUGAGGACCUCAUAUACUUUGUCCACGAUGGGGCCCAUGCGGGGCUUAGUGCAUUCGUCAAUGUCCCCUGCGACGAGGAGGAGGCCAGGAAUGCCCGCAUGAUAUCCGUCGGUAUCCUCGUGCCCCUCAGCUACGGAAGGCUGGGCCGUGCCUGGAAGCAUGCUCAGGGUCUGAAGGAUCUGGCUGCCAAGCUCGCCAAGAACCUGGCCGACACCACCAGCCUCGAAGCCUACUGGGAGGCCAACAGACCCCAGUCCGACGACGGCAAGCACCAGCAGCUGCCACCCUUCUUCCCCGAGAGCCCCAUCGUCUCGUCAGCUCCCGCAGUCACCUUUUCGGAGCCGGCCUCUAGACCCAAGAGCCAGCACAGUCACAACCGGUCGACUUCGGACGGCGCUCCCCUCGCCCCUGCCGAGUAUACGCUAUCCGCUUACCACCCUGCGUGGAGCCUCACCAGGCUGCUCGACAAGUUUGGGCCUCUGGUGUUUCCUAUCCACAGAGCAGCUCUGCUCCGCCGACGUAUACUGAUCUCGUGCCAUGCUCCUGUGCAUGAGGUUUGUGAUUUCGUAUACAACCUGUCCGUCCUGUCGAAUAUCCCCCACUCUCUAGCCAAUGUGCUCCCGCAAUCGUCCUCUUCGGCCCAGCGCCUCCGACCCUUGUUCGCCAUUGGCGUCCACGAUGUGCCGUUCUUGGUCGACGACUACGACGCUUCCAAGCGACGGGGACGCGGCGAGGAUGUCCUCGACGAGUUGGGCACCGGAUGGAUCGCCUGCACGACGGACAGCAUCCUGGCCAUGAAAGACACGCUGUGGGACAUGCUCAUCACCAUGCCGCCCGACCACGCCGUCAACGCCAAGGACAAGGCGUGGCCCGUGGUCGAGUGCCCGCGCGGCAAGCCCGUCAAGGCCACGCAGCGCGACCUCCGCCGCUACAACACCCUCCGAAGCGGCCUGGCCCGCUUCUCCUCCCCCUCGCGACCUGCGUCUGCCUCUGGCUCUUCCCCGGCGCGGCAAGACGCUGACAGCCGCUCUCAGCUGACGGCACAGAUGACCGUUGCCGACGACUCGUUCGACGCCGUCACGGAGCCGCUGAGCUGGACGGCUCUCGCUUACAACGGGUACAUGUGGUGGGCCAGCGCGGGCGAGCAGCGCCUCUCGGAGGAGCAGGAAGAGCACUCGCACGACGCAGCCCUCUUAGCAGACCUCAUGCCUCCGUCGCCCGGCCAGCAGCACCAAGCAUCCGUGAGCCUACCCCGGCAUCAGCAGCAGCCGCCGUCGUCUUCGUCGUCCCGGGCCGACCCCCUCUCGGACUCGACGGCCUCCCUCACAGCCAGACACAACACCAACCCCCCGUCUAUCGGUGGCAGUGGCCAGGCCCGCGUCGAGCUGGCAACGAUAGCCUACUUCCACCGCCUGACGACACAGAUACUCUCCAUCGUCUCAGACAUCGUCGACAGCGCAGAAGACGCAUACCCACCCCCCCAGCGGCCUCUGUACAGCGAUGAUGUAGACGGCCAGGACGACGGCGACGACGAUGACGAGAAUGCAGCCCUGGUCGGCGCCAGCAGCAGUGUCAGUGCUGGCGACGACGACGACGACGACGACGACGGAGCCGCCGUCGUCAUAGACUCUCGCUCCAUGGAGAAGAUGGGUCUAGACGUGUGGAGCGAUUCGGACGCCGAGUUUGUCAGGACGCUCACGAAGACGUAUUUCGGCCGAAAGGCCAAGACCGAAGGGAAGGGUGUCGAGGUUUGCGGUGUACGUGUAUGUUAG